AUGGCAGAAAAGUUUAAUAUGAUGAUUUCAGCCGAGAAAACGGAAUCGAUGGUUAUCUCAAAGGAACCUAUCCGAUGUAAACUGGCUGUUCAUGAUAAACCCAUCAGACAAACUUUGCACUGCAAAUACUUAGGGGUUGAAAUAUCCAGUCACAUGAAUGUUUACCAGGAAGUAAGAGCACAAGCAAAUAAGGCUUCAAGAAUAUCGGGAUGUCUGAGAGACAUGAUAUGGAGGAACGAGCAUAUGACAGCAGAAAGCAAAGUCCGCAUUUAUAAGACAGUGGUAAGACCAAUUUUAACGUAUGCAGCUGAGACCCGAGCCGAAACAGCAACAACAAAGUCGCUACUUAGAUCUACAGAAAUGAGAAUCCUGCGCACAAUUGAGGGAGUAACAUUACGAGACCAAAUAAGGAGCAGCGUCAUACGGGAUGAGUUGAAGGUUCAGGAUGUUGUUCGAUUUGUACGAUCAAGACGCCGAAACUGGAGGGACCACGUAGACAGAAUGGGAACUGAUCGAUUGGCAAAGUGGGCAAAGAACGAAAGACCCAACACUCGACGCCCUCCUGGCCGACCACCAAAAAGAUGGCAUGUGAGCUGGACAUCUACGUCACAGGAGGCUGGAUAA